UACAGACAAAAACUGCCACCAACGAAGAAGAAGAAUCAUUGAGGUUAAAAACUAAAUAAAGCAAGGUUAUUUGUUGAAAUAUUGAUAUUUAUUUAUGUUGGAAAUCUUUUUUGUUGCUUUUGGGAAAAUUGAAUAUAAUGGUAAAAAAUAAUACCAAAGAGGGAAAUAAUGCCCAGAUGUCCAUUCCUAAGGGAAAACCGAAAUCAGGCAGAAUAUGGAAAGGCGAGAAGAAAAAGUUCUCAACAAUCAUAAAAACAAGGAGUGUCCACGAUUCAUUCGAACGAAAAGAAAAGCUGAGGCAGAAACUGAAACAUGUUAAAGAACUAUCGAACGCCAUCAAGUCAGCCAAGGCUGACGAAAAGGAAAAGAAGAAAGAGAGGAGGAGAGCGAACUUGAAAAGACAGGAGGAAAACAGGAAGAAAUCAGAAGUCGUGCAAGUGAUUACGAAUACUAGGAAGUUGAAGAAAAUUAAGAAAAAACACUUAAGGACAAUUGAAAUGAGGGAUACUACUGUCGUUUCUUCGAAUUGAAUGUUAUUUAUAGUGGUUAUUGCUGUGAGGUUCACUUUUUUUUAAUGAAUCUUGGAACAUAUAAAAAGAGGUAAUAUACGUUAAGAUUUUUCAAA